UUGGAACCUCAACAUGCCCAGGUGAGCCUCAUCAUCAACAACAACAUCAACAACAUCAACCAGAUGGCACUGCCGGGCGGCGAGGUCGAGUUCCCAUGGCAUCUGGGAGUGUUUGACGCCCAUUGCCAUCCCACCGACACACUUGCCAGCUUGCAACAGAUUGAAGGGAUGCAUGCAAACGUCCUCACCAUCAUGGCCACUCGAGCACAAGACCAAGCACUUGUAGCAAAGGCUGCCGACGACAUGGGCUUAACAGAGGCCGACGUAGCCCAGGGAGAUGUAGAUUGGAGUAAGCAACACAAGGUCAUUCCCGCCUUUGGUUGGCAUCCGUGGUUCUCACAUCAGAUGUUCGACGAGUCGGACUACGGUAAUGUAACAUCGCUCGACGAUGAGCAGAAAGUCUUGCACUACCAGAGCGUGCUCACGCCCACAUCAGACGAUCAGGCCUUCCUGCGAUCAUUACCAGAUCCUCGGCCUGUAGGUCACUUCAUGGCCCAAACUCGAGAGUACUUGCGAAAGUAUCCUCUCGCCCUGAUCGGCGAGGUUGGACUCGAUCGAGGCUUCCGGAUACCGGGAUCAUGGCUCCCAGGAGAGACUGACCAGCGAGAUGAAGGCCUCACUCCAGGCGGCCGAGAGGGACGGAAACUCAGCCCGUACAAAGUCAAGAUGGAACAUCAGAAGAAAAUCCUCCUUGCACAACUGACUCUCGCAGGCGAACUGCAUCGUGCAGUAUCUUGUCACGGCGUUCAAGCUCACGGCGUGGUCUACGAAACUCUUGCUCACACAUGGAGAGGGCACGAGAAGAAGGUCUUGUCGAGACGAGAACAGAGGACGGCAGAGGCUGCAAGGCGAGCCAACGCCGAGUCCCUGGAAGAAAGGACAGAAGAGGCCUCAGCGCCCAAGCCCUUUCCCCCACGCGUGUGUCUGCAUUCAUUCUCUGGACCUGCUGAAACUGUUAAGCAGUAUAUCGCGCCUUCUGUCCCAUGCGAAAUCUUCUUUAGUUUCAGCACGACCAUCAAUGCCUGGGCCGAAGACGGCAAUGGCAAAGUGGAAGCUGCUGUAAAGGCAGUGCCGGAUGAUAUGAUCCUCGUUGAGAGUGAUUUGCAUACAGCCGGAGACCGGAUGGACGGCUAUUUGGAAGAGGGUAUCCGGAAGAUCUGUGAUGUGAAGGGCUGGGAGUUGAGCGAUGGGGUUCGAAGACUUGGGAACAACUGGAAACGGUUCGCACUGGGGCGGUAGUCAAAAUGUGGCCUCCUUAGACGAGACAACAAUGCUUCAGCGAAUUGCAGCGAAGUCAAUCGACUGUUGCACAUGGUCUUUGUGCUCGCAAACAUCGAACGGCCAGCGUUUGAUUGAAAGAUGGUCCCUGUUCCCAAUCGACCGCUGCCGCUGCCCUGCUGUUACCCCUUCGUCCACCCCAGCAGCUUAUUGACAUGUCGCACUUCCGCCUCGAACCUCCGCCGAGUUACCUCAUACCACACCAGUGCCUCUCUUCCAAUGGCUCCCGAGAGCAGCUGCCCAAUUUCGAAAGCAUUCCCAGUAAUCCAACAAGAUACAGCUAUGACAGCACGUCGCUUGCUCCACGGCGCGCUGCAGUUGUAGUCCGACAGGAAUUAUCAGAAACCUCCCCUAACUCGUCCGCCUUGUUCGAACAGAUUCCCCGCUCGACGCACAACAGCGACAUUCUCCUUGCUGACGUCGCAGCGCAGGGCAAGCGACUGCGCCGCAACAACUUGGCCUCUCGACAUCUACGCACGAUCGGUACAGCAGAGCACGCUGGCGCUCACAGUCGCCGACCACAACAGGAUCAAGCCUAUCUGAGCAGAUUGUUCUCUACUGACACAGAUCUACUACGAGUGCCUGUCUCUGGAAGCGCGACCUCACUACGGAACCUGGCCGCAGCAAUCAAGGGUGGCCUUGCGAUCAGUCCCAUCGACAGCAUAUCCGCAGCGGCCGCAUUCGAGUCCUCUCUAGUGCCGAUUCAAGCAGCCUCUAUCCUUCCAUCUCCAGCGCAGAUGGUGUCUCUCUUCAACGCUCCACUAUCCAUACAGCGAGCAUCCGGGCUUGAUAUUGCGAAUGACUUUAGCAUCUACGAGGCAGAGAGUGCUCGCAAUUCCUGCACUCCGCUAUUGCUGGCCUACAAGGAGAUUGACUGUGCACGACAGUACCUCGAGAUCUGCUCUCGCUACCAGGAUGUUGGUUCUGUGGUGGAGAUUGGUAUCCUAACACUGGACGGCAAUCGAUACACGUUCGAGGUGUUGCCAACGAUCUCGCGCAAGACUUCCACGCACACUCUGUUUCUCUUUCGGCAACUUACAGAUAGCUUCUAUAACAGCUACAAAGAGGUAUAUCGCCCCUUCGUCUCGGUGAGCCCCCUUCCCAGCAUGCCCGCUGAGCCCCUGCGCGGCCAGUCGCGAGGUCUAUUGCUCAGCUCCGAUAUGAAGAUGACACUUGCGAAAGCGGUGCGUAUCGGGCUCACUGAUCACGGAGAGACAAUAAAUGAGAUGAUCCUCAGAGGCAGGUUGGACUACCUGCCUGUCUCACCUGUCUCGACUCCCUCGCACACAGCUCAAACGGACAGAGCUCAGCGCGAUAGCCGCACGAUCCCGUCCGGCAUCGAGGGAGUGCACAUCCUCCGGGCGGCUCAAAGGUACACCAACACCGAACUGCACUCUCUCAUUACUGCAUCGGGCAGUGAAGUCAGCUACAACUCCGUCACUAAGCGCAUCACAAACGCCCUCAAAGCGCAAGCGCGGCAUAGGCUUGUUCCAGGGGAAGACCUCGCGCGAAAAUAUGAGCAGAUGCGGAAAGCGUUCAAUUCCCAACGCGCUGCCAAUCUCGAAGCUCUUGUCGUGCUGAAUGCUGGACGGAACUCGAAAAAGCACAGCAGAAGCGAUAGUGGGUGGGAAACGGCGCAGAAACGGCGCAAAACGGGAGGCAACGAAGGGGAAGCUUCCACAGUGCGUCGCUCUAUUCGCUUACGUCGUAGUCCUGUAUUACGUGAAGAGCGCUCUGGUGCAAAGGGGGACGCUCUCAUUCUGGCUGCCGCAGACGAGUCUGAGCGGGAACGGGAACGGGAGAGCGGGAGUAGUGAUGGUGAUGAUUCAGAUGGCAGCGACUAUGCGGAAGACCACUGACCGAUGCCGAGUUGAGACGUCUUGGUCCUUCCUCGUCUUCCACCUCUUCCGCAUUCACCAGCUACCUUACCUUCACCAUGGCGGCCGACCUCAUUCAGACAGCACGCACCCAAGCAGCGACCCUCUCCGCUGACAGCCCGUGUUCGGACGGGCUGCUCGUCCUGCACCCACUUGCGGCCUACAUGACCAGUCUGCCUACCCCUGCGAUGGUACUGGUCACCGACUACGCCCUCUGCUUCGACACGGGCGCCUCUCGAAAAGCAUAUGGCCGCUCGAAUGCUACGAAAGCCGACAAAACUACCACAUUUUCCACAAUGAGCGUCGCAAUUCGAGCCCAAGGCAAUCCUGACAUUCCACGCGUCUUUCUCUGCGGAAGUCAACACCGCAAAAUCGGUGUCAAAGAUGCAGCAGCAGAUCACUGGCACUAUGUGAUGGUCAUGAAGCUUGCCGGCGCGUGGCACAUCUUUACCACUGGUGGAGUAGAGGAUCAUGGCACGGGCAAGGCUCGCGUAGUGUCGUUACAGGGCAUGUCGGUCGUGGCGCAUCUCCUUCGCCAGACCCACCGUAAGCCUCAAGCGACGGCGUGGGUCAAGAAGAGAGAGGUGGAAGAGAGCAGUUGUAUUGCUGAUGCGGUCGAGGCGGCGAUGGAGGUCUUCGAGGCGGUUGCAGUGCAUGGAAAGCAGGGCGAGGAGAUCUUGUCGUACCCCGGUCUUGUCGCAGGACGGAAGGGGGUGGUAUUGACGCUGUAGGAUACCAUCUCCGCCCAGAGAAAUUUCGAGUCUGCGAUGGCCGCACCGCAUGCACAGGGCCGAUUAUUCUCCCAUUGCUGUUUACCUACCAGGUAGGUAUGUAUUCAUCAGAGGCAUGCGCACAAAAUGUAUUCGGCAGAGCACUCCUUCAGAAGUUCUGAUUACUCAGCCCUUCCGAGUGUUCCUUCCACCAUACCAUCUACCAGGUACAUGUACCUGACUACCUUAUUCCUGCGUUCCCCUUCGCCGUCGUCACAAACCACACCUCAUGCACCCAGGUACAUAUCCCAUACCGGUGUUCUUUCACCAUCAUCACAAACCGGUACCAGUCCCUUCUAGAGCUUUCUGGCACUCACCACUCUUUCAUCAGUCCGCUGGCCUUGCCGGUACCUGCCACCAUCAUCGCCGUACCAUCGCAGACACCGUCACCGUCACCGUCACCGCCGCCGUCGAUCCGGGCCAUCGCCGAUGCGCACGCCUGGUUCACGCGUCCACCCGUGCAAGUAUUGUACAGCCACGACGCCGAGCAGGACUCUGAGUGGCUACCGCUUACGGCUUCACCACUACCGACCGACUGCUCCCUCGCCAACCCACGACGUGACGCGAUCAUCAGGACUCGAUGGCCGCAAGCGAGCGGUCUGGCGCCGUUGAGCACACCUCGUCCCGGCACCCCUGAAGGAAGCGCGCAAGGCAAAAUACGAGAGAGUGAGGAGGAAGACUGGAGCUAGCGGAUUGACUGGAAGACAAGCAAAGUCGGCCAUGUGCCUCAUCAUAAGUCAGCACGACGCAUUCCCGAGCGCCGCCGCUGAUGAGCAAUCGGAUGCUGCCACAAUGAUGGACCUUCUGUGCUUAGUCACGCGUUCCGACUUCCGAACUUCCGAUGCUUGCUAGCCUCCAUCUCGGCGCAUCCCAUAGCACUCGCGUCGUUCUAUCGACUUCUCUUGAUUCUAUCCCCUUUGGCGGAAUUUCGGUCUGUUUCUUCAGGUUCUCGAGCAGGCCUGGCUCUCUAUAAGUGGUAGACCGACUUCGACGUCACCUUCGCCAUCACUCUGUGUCCGCGGAACAUCGAAACCAAACCUCACGGGAACGACCGGAAUGCAUGGCUACCUAGUGAACGAUGUUCUGUCCUGUAUCAUCAUCCCCAGCACUUUUUCUCUUUCUCUCUCUCUCUCUCUCUGAUGUCAUUGCCAUAUUCGCGACUAGUUUUACCACAUCUGGCAGGAGGCACGUCCUGUUGGGACGGUUUGUGAUCACUCGUAAUUCGUACUGCAGGACUCCGAACCCUUUGGUAAAUUGGCGUGACCCACUUCAUGCCUUGCGCCGAUGAACUUCCAAAGGGAUGCUGACCAAACCAAGAGAUGCUGAUGCAGCAACGGCGGAUAUCAUCGAAGUGGACACCAUGGUGCUCCAUUUAUACUGCCUAGACUCCCCACGGAGGCUGCCUCGAGCAUCGACUGCAUCAUCAGACAACAGCCGCUAUGAGAACCUCCCACAUCUCCGCCGCCCUCAGCGCCCUUGCGGUGUGCGCAUCCGCCUACAGCCCGCUGACCGAUGUCGACACGCGCUCCCUGGAUGAAAUCUAUGCCGAAGCUCGCAAAGAGGAUGGCAUCCUCCAGGUCUUCUGGGGAGGAGAUGCAGCCGCCCAAGGCGACGCGAUCAAGACCGGCUGGGCGCAAAGGUUCCCGGACGUCAAGAUGAACUUGACGGUGGAACUCAGCAAAUACCUCGACAACCGGAUCGAUCGCGGUCACCUGCAAGGCAUCCACACCGCGGAUGUGGUGGUCGUGCAGACCCUGCAAGACUUUCGCAGAUGGAAGGCGGAAGGCAAACUCUUACGCUACAAACCAGCCACAUUCGAAGAUAUCCUCUAUGCCGAGAAGGACCCCGAUGGAUAUUUCAUGGCGCAAGCGAUAAUGACCUUUGGCGCCUUCAUCUACGACGAAACCAAGAUCAAUGCCUCGGAGAUUCCGACCUCGUACGCUUCCAUGCCCGACAAGAAGUGGAAGGGCAAGCUCAUCCUGACCUACCCCAACGAUGACGAUGCGGUUGCCUACCAAUUCUCUCUAAUGGUCAACCGCUAUGGGUUCCAAUGGCUAUACGACUUGGCACAGAACGAUGUCCAAUGGGUUCGAGGCACCGGCACUCCCGUCCUGACGAUGGGAUCUCGCCACAACGACACCUCAUUCGGUCGCGUCCUUUCCUUCACCUCGUACGAUUCUGGCGCGAGCUUCAUCGGAGCCAAGAACCCCGAGGCGCCUGAGCAGUACCUGACGUGGGCACAAAGUGGUGCCAUUCUCGCGGACACACCAAUGCCAGAGUCGGCCAAGCUGUUCAUGUCGUACUUGACCAGCGUGGAGCGACAGAAUGCGACGGCAGCGACGGGGACGGCUUCGAUCUUGAACUCGGUCAAUGCAAUGUAUGGUCUCACUCCGGACUCCAAUGCGACGCAGCUCUCGUCUUUCCGGCUCUGGGAGCAGGAUCGCAACACGGUGGAGUGGUGGAAGAACCUGUUUGAGGAGGUGCUGGGAACGGCACAAGGCCCCGGACCGAUGGUCAUGUAUCCUGACAAUGCUCCAUUGGUAGGAUGAGGGGAUGUGGAAGAUCCGUUUGCGGUGUAGAGGACGUACGUACAUACCUAUAAUUGAAAUAUAUGUAAAUCCUGUUCCGUG